GAAGCUCCGCCCACCUCCAAAUAAAAGGCCUGGCCCACACUGCGAGCUGCUGUUCAGCCAUCAGUCUCUCUUUCCACAAACUCCUGUGAUAUUUCCUGCUGGACCUGCAACCACACACAGUGACAGAGGAGGAAACGCCCGUGGCCUGGGUCCCACUCAUGCCAAGGCCAACCCCAGAGAAGCAACCCAGUUUUAGGGGGACGUAGACCGGGGGGGGGGCCAAGCCAAGCCAAGCCAGCCUCAUCGCACCAGACCAGGGAACUAACAAACUCACAGACGCUUAAAUAAAAUGGCCUCUGUACCUGUCCACACUUACCAUCUAGUCAUUGCAGCUUUCCAACUGUGUUUGUUACGCCCAGCCCAUGGCGGGGCGUAUUAUGGACACAAGCAGACCCCCCAACAACACCAGCCCUUGCCACAGUACAGUGAAGGAUACCCUCACCAGCAAUACUUGGGGAACGAGAUGCCGCACAUGGGGCCUCAGUAUGGAAAAGAGCUUCCUCAGCUUCCACUGCAUCUGGGCAAAGAGAGGCUCCCGAGUGAAGGCAAAGGAGAGACAUUCCCCCGAGGAGCUAAAGGCCCGCCUCCCCUGCUACCUGCUGGGGAGGCUCUCCGAGAAGGUCCCCAAGGAGUUCAGGGACCUCCAGGACCCCAAGGUCCUCCUGGAAUGCCAGGGCAUGGAUUACCGGGCUCCCAAGGAAAGGCAGGGCCCCCUGGUCCCCAAGGUUACCCCGGGAUAGGAAAACCCGGAAUGCCAGGAUUACCAGGGAAACCUGGAGGCGCUGGAUUACCAGGGCAAAAGGGCGAAUUUGGCCCCAGAGGUGGUGAGGGACCAAUAGGUCUACCUGGACCUCCAGGGCUCCCUGGCCCACCUGGUUUGCCAGGUGCUGGCAAGCUUGGGGGUCAGGGGCUUCCAGGACAGCUCGGCGCUCGAGGAGAGCCUGGCCAGAAGGGUGUGCCUGGGUUUCCUGGUCCCUCAGGCCCCAAAGGCGAUAAAGGUCUUGGUUUACCUGGUUUGCCAGGUUUGAAAGGACCUCGUGGCCCACCAGGACCCCCGGGUCAAGUGGGGCUCCCCGGGAUUGGUAAACCAGGCUUGAAUGGACUUCCUGGACAGCCAGGAGCACCAGGAAAACCUGGUCCCCCUGGAGAGCCAGGGUAUGUGGGGUUGCAGGGUCAAGGGGGUGAACCAGGACCACCAGGCUUGCCAGGAAUUGGUAAACCUGGAUUAGAUGGUUUGCCAGGACAAAAAGGACUUCCUGGGGGGAAAGGGGAACCAGGUCCACCAGGAUUACCAGGGGGUCCUGGCUUGCCAGGAUAUGGUAAACCAGGGUUUCCAGGCCCUAAAGGUCACAAGGGACAUGUUGGCUUCCCUGGUAACCCAGGCCCCAAAGGUGACAAAGGCCAUGGAGGUAUUCCAGGGGCUGUUGGUCCCUCUGGGCCCAAUGGUCUUCCUGGUCCACCAGGUGCAAUGGGACCUCCUGGAGGUCUUGGAUUCCCAGGGCCAAAAGGUGAAGGUGGUGUACCUGGACCAAAAGGACCGUCAGGUUUUAAAGGUGAACUGGGGCCUCCAGGACUUCCAGGACAGCCAGGUUUACCAGGAUUGGCUGGACAACCAGGACCCAGAGGUUUCCAAGGGCACUUGGGCUCUAAAGGUGAAUAUGGUGAUAAAGGUUUACCUGGUCUCCCUGGUGCCCCAGGACUACCUGGACUAAGAGGAGAGGGAGGAAACCUCGGGGAGAAAGGCCCUCAGGGACCCAAGGGGAUUCCAGGACUCACCGGACCAGGUGGGCCAAUCGGUCCUCCUGGACUUCCAGGACCAAGAGGUGAAGCAGGUGUACCUGGAAAACCUGGAUAUGCUGGUGAGGGGAAACCAGGACUCCCAGGUCACAUCGGUCCUCAAGGUAAGCCUGGCGUCAGUGGCCCUCCAGGUCUUCCUGGCCAGCCGGGUCAACCUGGACCCCCGGGUCCUCCAGGCCCCCCUGUUGCUCUUCCUGAGCUUGGAGAUAUCCUACCAGUUUCAGGUCCUUAUAAUGGCCAAAAACAAGGUUUCAAGAUGCCAAUGAACGGAGGAGAUAUUAGCGGAACCGCCCUUGAGAUGCCAGCCUUCACAGCCAAGCUCAUGAACCCUUUUCCUCCCGUUGGCUCUCCCAUCAUCUUUGACAUGCUUAUACACAAUGGUAAUCAGGACUAUAAUCCUCAAAACGGUAUCUUUACCACCACUAUACCAGGGAUCUACUACUUUUCUUACCACGUCCACUGCAAGGGAGGGAAUGUGUGGGUGGCACUGAUGAAAAACAAUGAGCCAGUAAUGUACACAUAUGAUGAGUACAAAAAGGGCUCCCUGGACCAAGCGUCCGGAAGUGCAGUGCUCCCAUUACAGCGUGGGGACACUGUACAUGUACAACUGCCAUCUGAUCAGGCCGCAGGACUUUAUGCUGCUCAAUACGUCCACUCAACAUUUUCGGGAUAUUUAUUGUACCCAAUGUAAGAAAUCCAUAUAAGGAAGAGAAAUGAAAAUCAAACAUCCACCUUAUAUGAAUUGUCUUGUGUAAUUGUUGAUCUGGAUCAAAGCAAGGGUACUCUGCAGAUUCUGUAGGCUUGUAAUGGGUGGUGGAAGUUCAUGGAACUUCCAUUGUGAAAAUGCACUUAGAAGAAUACCUCUUUGCAUGAAAUGUAUUGGAUUUGAUUUAACAUCAAAGGAGAGCCAAGAAGUUGUGGGAUUAGUGUACAUUUUUACAAAGAAAUUCAGAUAAAUAACCAUUAACGUUGGUAUAUAUGGUAAGAUAAUGUUGUGUGGUGAGAAGAAGUGAAAAGGCUGUUGCUUAUGUUCCAGCUUUCAGAGCAAAACCGAGCUAUACUGAAGACUCAAAACCUAGGAGACCUGAGACGACAUAAGGAUACAUCAGUUUCACAAUGAAUCAUUUUUUUGAAAGGUAUAUUUAUAUUUGAUCCGGUAUGUCGCAUUUGAUACCAAUAGCGCUUUGUUUUCAGUCGUCGGAGUGUCUCAGUUGUUUAUAUUCAUGUUCAUUCACAACAAAGUUUUUCUCUUCAGUCAUGCAUUCAUUAUGUCAACAUCGUAUAUCGAUUUUCAAUGCGUAGGUGGAUAUUUGGCAAGCAGUGAAGCUUUAUAUUACGAAAGCCACGUGAUAUCAGAAGGCAUGUGAUAUCUGCAGAUUCAUUUUUCUGGAUAUUGUUUGCAAUAUGGCUAUACAUUUUGGACAAACAAGAAUGUAAUAGUGUUCAUUGUACAAUGCAUUUACUCCCACUUAUAGCAGUGUACAGUUGGUUUAUUUUUUUUUCUAUGUUUUAUGAUGGGGUUGUUAAACAGUGAUAAGGUUAUUGUCUAGGCUACAUGGUGUGGUAAAGGGAAGCUUUGAAAAUGCAGCUGUUUUAUAUGAUGGAAUUAUAGUAUGUCUUAAAAUGAAGCGAGAAUGUGUGUUUCGUCUAUUGCAUGCAAGGCCACGGGUCGAAAUUGAAUUCCCAAAUCAAUCUAGUGCCAAGUAUUAGAAAAGAAUACAGAAUUAUGAGCCCAUUACAAUAAGACUUGGUUGUUAAAAGUUUUAAUCUUUUUUUUUUGUUGCAAAUUUGGACUAUUUCAUAAUUCCCUUACACAUUCAUAUUUUGUAAAGUAGGAAAUAACUCUUCCCUGAGAUAUUUGUCAGCAUUCUUUGUAAUUUAUUCGUUUGACUACUGAUUACCUGGAAUUGUGUGUGUUUGAUAGUAGAUAAUAGUAUAUAAAUGAGGAGUUUGGCUUAAAAAUGCCAAACACAACCAGUCAGAUAGAUAGACAUGUUUGGCAUUUUGUAAUGACGCCCUUCGUGCAUAUACACUUUAUGAGGUUUUCAAACAGUAGAUGUCCCAUUUUGGAAUGAAACUGCUGGCAUCUUAAGCACGAUUUUCUUUCACUUUGUCUUUUCUUCUUCUUCUUCUUCUUCUUCUUUUGUGACAAUGCUUAGCAUAAGCAGUUUGUUAUUUUGAUUAUUUGUGAAUAAACAUGAACCAAUAAACAGAACAAAAUAUG